AUGCCCGCGGUCAACGCCUUCCCUGCCUGGCUGCUCCUCCUGUUGGCCGGCCAGGUCCUCGCAGGCGCCGGCGCUCCCCAGCUGUGGCAAUGCGCGCCCUGCUCCGCCGAGAAGCUUGCGCUCUGCCCGCCGGUGCCUGCCUCGUGCCCGGAGUCCGCCCGGCCCGCCGGCUGCGGCUGCUGCCCGAUGUGUACCCUGCCACUGGGUGCCGCCUGCGGAAUGACUACUGCGCGCUGUGCCAGGGAACUCAGCUGCCGCGCCCUGCCCGGGGAGCCGCAGCCCCUGCAGGCCCUCAUCCGCGGCAAGGGCACCUGCCAGCCCCAGUCCCAGGCCGCUGACCCCAGCACCGAGGCCGCAGGUGCCAGCGGGUCCUCAGAGCACAUGGAGAUGACCCAGGAGCCGCCCACCCUGUGGAACACCGUCAGUAACUACAACAGCAUCAGGACCCCCGGGAUCACCGACGUCAAUAGCUGGAAGAGGCCCUGCCAGCAAGAACUGCACACUGUGCUGGACAGACUAGCCCAGGACCAGGAGACGGCGGGCGGCAGCCUCUACAGGUUUUACCUGCCCAACUGCGACAGGAGCGGCCUGUACCACAGCAAGCAGUGUGAGGCGUCUCUGGAUGGCGAGCCGGGGCUCUGCUGGUGCGUGUACCCCCAGAGCGGGAGGAAGAUCCCGGGGUCUGAGGUCAGAGGAGACCCCGACUGCCAACAGUAUUUUCAGUGA